GACUUCGUCGCGACACCGUCAGGGGUCAUGGGCGUGAUCUUGCUGCGGGGAGGGGGGCGGGGACUGCGGACGAUCUGACUCAGCUUCCGACACCCGUGUUUCAUUGGAUGCACGUUGAGCAUUAGAACACUCCGCAUCCGAAUUGCAGACAUUCAGCCUCCCCUCCCUCACCGAAUUCGGCAUGGGGGAGAAGUCAGAGACAUGUAAGGUUCCAGAGGACCUGCUCAGUGGCUUGAAGGUUACAGAUUCUCCAAAGUGCACCAACCCUCCCGAUGCAGACCCUGAGAAGCAACAUUCCCCAGGCAAGCUGCUCAAGGACAGUGAGUCAGCCCGAGCCCCUGAGGACCAGGGAGAAGAAGAACGCUUUCACGACUGCCGGGCCUCGUUUGAGGAUGAGGAGCUGGGAGCGCAUAAGGUUGAGCUCAGCACUGAUGGCGAGACUUCCUCUGAACUGGAUGAAGAGUACCUGAUGGAGCUGGAGAAAAACAUGCCCGAUGAAGAGAAACAGAAAAGAAGAGAAGAGAGCACUAAGUUGAAGGAGGAGGGGAAUGAGCAGUUCAAGAAAGGAGAUCACAUCGAAGCCGAAAGGUCUUACAGCCAGGCCAUUCAGCUAUGCCCGUCCUGCUUCCAGAAAGACAGGUCCAUUCUGUUUUCAAAUAGAGCUGCUGCAAGGAUGAAGCAGGACAAGAAGGAGAUGGCCAUCAGUGACUGCAGCAAAGCAAUUCAGUUAAACCCCAGCUACAUCCGCGCACUGCUGCGGAGAGCGGAGUUGUACGAGCAGACGGACAAGCUGGACGAAGCACUGGAAGACUACAAAUCUGUACUAGAGAAAGACCCCUCUGUACAUCAAGCAAGAGAAGCUUGUAUGAGACUACCCAGGCAAAUUGAAGAACGUAACGAAAGACUGAAGGAAGAGAUGCUAGGCAAACUAAAAGAUCUUGGGAACUUGGUUCUACGGCCUUUUGGGCUCUCCACAGAAAAUUUCCAGAUCAAACAGGAUUCCUCCACUGGCUCCUACUCCAUCAAUUUUGUUCAGAAUCCCAACAACAAUAGAUAACAAAUAUAGCGGUAAUUUGAGCUCCCACUAGGAAGUCGUGUGCCCUUUGCAAGGGGCAAGGCCCUGCCAGUUAACGUUUCAAAGCAUCUUAUCUACGAGAAAGGCUACGUAGUCAGCCACGUGCCUGUGCCGCCGUCUCGCUCAUGUCUUACGAUGGGUGGAAUGUGCUCCUGAUGCCGGGGGCUUAUUUGAUUUCCAUUUUAAGGUGGUGCCUGUGCAGCUGUUGUCCUUGGUUCUGGCUGUCCUUUUGUCCAGGAGAAAGCCACUUGUCGACGCUGACCUACUGGAGUCACGCAAGUGCGCUGGCCAGCGAAGGCCUCUCCCCGCCACUCAGCCUGUCAGUCGCGUGACGGCCACACGUGAUGUACAGGGUCCCCUCCUGCCACCCUCCCUGCUGACACGCUCAGAGGCUGCCAUCCAGGGGCUCCAGCAUUCCUUGGUUUCCUCUGUGGUAAUAAAAGCUUUUUCUGUGACA